CCCAAACUAGUACUGGCCACUGGGUCAAUGUGCUAGCAUUUUACAUCAUUUUCACGUCCCCAGUAUUCUACCUCCUUUUCUCCGGGGGACCCAAUCCUCUAACCAGCCAUCACCAUGCCCAAACUCCCUCCCUCGCCCCCUUCUCUCUCAUAGCUCUGCUACUAACCCUUUUCCCAUGUCCACCGCUUCUCCAACAGGCUGCUGAACGCUGCAUUCUUGUGGCGAUUCGUAGAGGGGCUAGACGUGAGCAAACUCCAGCAAGUGUCAAGGGAUUUUCCAACUGGAACCUCUUAAUUUCUUGACUUUGGUCUCUGAUUUGUCGCAGAUCUUUGAGAUUCUUUGUCUUUAAGGAAUGUCCUCGGGUUUUCCGAGGAGCUAGACUUUCUUUCCCCAGCUUAUAUGAUUGUGGCACCAAUUCCUGUUGGCCCUUAGCAUCUGGAAAUCAUCUGGCGGAAAGCUGUAUAUAUGGGCGUUUCGCCUCUUUAUAGCUAUGGCGAGUGAAGAUAUGUAGGUCUUAAGGAGUAGGGAACCCAGGUAGUUUAGAACUUUUUGCUAGUUGAGGGUUUGUGAACGGCAGCGAUCUCUCAGGUUUUAGGGUUUCUCUGAACUUAUGACUAUAUAGGGUUCGGACUUAGUCUGCUCAAGAAUGGCUGAAGAUAAAUGUUUUGUUGAAUGGAAGGAACUGUUUGUUUCAAAAGAGAGAGGCAAUCGUGUGGUUCAUUAUUUCUUGAAGGAUAGUUCAGGGGAAUCCGUGCUUGCAAUUAUUGGCACCGAGAGAAGUGUUCGUCACAUGUUCUAUGUGGUUUCGGAAGAGUUCUUGAAAGUACACGGUGCUGAGACUUCAGUUCACUCUGGUUUCAGAUGGAGAUCGCGGAGAGAGGUUGUGAAUUGGCUCACAUCUAUGCUAUCCAAGCAAAAUAGGCAAAGUUAUUACCGCUCAAAAGUGUCUAAAGAUGGUCCUGUAUCCAGAGUCAAUUUUGAAGAAAAUGAGAUGGCAGAUAAGGUCCGUCUUGCUAGGAACUUGAAUGGACCUUGUCCUGAUAUAGUAUGGUCAGGAGAACCAUGGACAUGCGGUAAACAGCUAAAGCAUUAUCCAGGAUUUUGCAGGAAUGGGAUUGCAAUAGCUAUACACUCAUUUGUCUUUGUGAUGGCCGAAAAGGAGAAUCGUUACCUGGCAUAUCUGGAGGAUUUGUAUGAGGAUAGGAAGGGUCAGAAAAAGGUUAAAGUAAGAUGGUUUCACUUCAAUCGGGAAGUCAUAGGCGUUGUCGCCUUGCGAAAUCUAAAUCCAAGAGAAGUUUUUAUAACACCUUGUGCUCAAGUCAUCAGUGCAGAGUGUGUUGAUGGUCCUGCCAUUGUAUUGACUAGGGCACAUUAUCAUAAAUGUGCAGCAGUUUUUCCAAGUGACUUGCUAUCAAGACUACACUUUUGCUGUAGGCAAUUCAAGAACAACAGAGUAAAGCCUUUUGAGCUGGCUAAAAUGCGUGGCUAUUUUAAUCAACCGAUUUUCUCAUGUUUCAGUGCUGAUUUUUUUGAAGAUGAAGAGUUUGCUGCAGGAGAUGAAAUAAAAGUUGGAUCUAAAAGGCCUAGAAAUUAUGAAGAGCAUGAGAUUAAGACAUUUGAAAAAUCAUAUCCAAAGAUGAAAAGUAGUUUUUUUAGUGGUAGGGGAUUGAACUCUCACAAACACGUUGAAGGCCAGCGUUGGCAUAUGUUAAACAUUAAGGCUGGUGAAAAGAUUGAAUUUCUUUGCCAAGAUAGUGGAAUGAGAGGCUGCUGGUUCCGGUGCACUGUCCUGGAGAUAUCCAAAAGACAAUUAAAAAUCCGAUAUGAUGACAUAAAGGAUGUUGAUGGUUGUGGUUACCUUGAGGAGUGGGUCCCUGCAUUUAAAGUAGCCAGACCAGAUAGACAUGGAAUACGAAAUCCGUUCCGUCCAACCAUCAGACCAGCACAACCUUGUGGAGAACAAGGCGACCUUAGCUUUGAGGUUGGACUUGCAGUUGAUGCUUGGUGGAGUGAUGGCUGGUGGGAAGGCAUUGUUACUGAAGACACUUGCAACGGGGCCAAAGGCUAUCAAGUUUAUAUUCCCGGAGAGAGCCUAUUCUUGACUGCACACAGUAAGAACAUAAGAAUUUCAAAGGACUGGGUGGGAGAUCAUUGGGUUGAUAUAGAGACACCAAAUCCUGAUAUUGUCUCAACAAUCACUGCUAUUGCCAACCAAGAGACAAAGCCCUCUGAGUCUUUUCUUAUUUCUAAGGAAGCCACUCAUACCAGUUCUCCUACUUUAUUGGAUCAAACAGUCACCUCAAGUGGGCUAAGCAGAAAUGAUGAGGAAGAUGCACCUGAUUUUGAAGAAAUGAAACAAACACCAUGUGAUAUUGUUUUAAAGCAACAACGAGAUGUUUUGCGAGAAACAAUACCAAAUGAUGUCAUUUCAGAAGAUUUCCAUUUGGUCAAAAGCUACGAACAAGAAACUGUAGAUGACAAAAGCAGAGGAGAGGGGUUUGACAAACUUGAUAGCGAUGAUAAGGUUGAUGAUGUUUGUACACCAAUAGGCACUAACGGGUAAAAGAUAGACUUGACCACGGAGAUAAAAUAGCUGAAUAUGGAAAUGUGGUCAAAGAAACAAAGCCGAUGGAACCAAUAACCCGGUGCUUGUGUGAUCUUUGCACCCCAUCAUCAGUGUUCAGUUUGUAUAUAGAGAGAAUGAGGAAUGCAGAAGUCUGCACCUCUUUUUUUUUUAACUUGAAGAGUCACUAGCCAUUUAGUUGUAUAGCAAUUUAUCUAGAAUUUGAUUGUUAGGAAUAUGAAAAACCCGAGACCGUUACAACUCUUCAUGGUAAAUGACUAGUUGUCCAUGUAACCCUUGUAACAUGCAGUGGUCUGCUGCUGUUGUUUUACUAUGUAGUAAAAUGUAUGAACAUUUAUAUAUUACAAGCUAGUAGUGGAAUUGUUGCAGGUUCAUCUUGCAGUUAUGUGCCAAUCUAGAUUUGAGUACAUUGUUCAAAAUUGACUAAUUCAUGUACCUGCUAUUAGACUCUUAUUAAUUCCAUUUUUAUUUUUUGCUUCAA